AUGAACACUAGUCCAAGCAAAGUUUUGGUAACAUCAAUCAAUGGUUAUGGGCACUUUAAUGCCGCCCUUGGUGUUGCAAGUUUACUAUCCAGCCGUGGUAAUGAUGUCUAUUUUGCUAAUCUAUUGAAGUACAAAGACGAGGUGCAGAAAUAUGGUUUGAAAUUCAUUGCUCUCGAAGACUACAACGAUGCAUAUAAUAAAGAAAUUAAAAUGGAAAAUGAAUGGACGGAAAGUGUGGUGAAAAGUAUGCAACUCAAGUCGAUUUCACCUCUAGAUGACGACGAACACUACAGUAACGUUUUGAUGAUGAUUGUGGAGGAGCUUAAACUGUUGAAUCCAACUUUACAAAAGAUUAUUGAUUCCAUCAAACCAGAUAUUCUGAUUGGUGAUGUUUGUUUUCCUCUUCCACUCUUCUAUCAAUCCUCAAUUCCAAGCAUAUUUUUGUUCUCAGCCAAUCCAUCAUCGCUUUAUAUGGAGACAACUGGAUUUCCUGCUACACUUGGUUUGUCAGUUAAUAGCGAUAAAAGUUUGUGGCCAGCUUAUCGUGAAAAGUUAUCAAGUCUUACGAAAGUUGGCAUGCAAUACGCUCAAUGGCUUUCUACACUUGGGAUCAAAAUGACUGGUUUUCAUGAUUGGGACAAAUUUAUCAGCAUUUAUAUCUACCCGAAGGCAUUAGAUUAUGUUGAAUUAGGAUCGCCGCCUUCAAAUUGUAUUCGAAUGGAUUCUUCUAUUCGUAUACGGGAGGCAAAGGAAUUUAUUGUUCCACCAUUUAGUGCCAACCAGUCUGGGAAAUUGAUUUACUUGUCGAUGGGAACCACAGGAUCUCUGAACAUACCUUUCAUGAAGCGUUUAAUCAACACUUUUUCCAAGAGUAAACAUCGCUUCAUCGUCUCUAAAGGCUUAAAAGGUGAUGAGUUGACUUUACCUGAAAACAUGUGGGGUGAUAAUUAUGUCGAUCAAAUCGCUAUCUUACCCAAAGUUGACGCGGUUAUAACUCAUGGCGGGAAUAAUUCAUUUGUUGAGUCACUCUUCUUUGGUAAACCAAUGAUUGUAAUUCCGUGUUGCUUUGAUCAACUGGAUAAUGCACAAAGGAUUGAAGAUUUGAAACUUGGAUACAGAAUUGAUCCAUUUGGAUAUGAUGAAGAAGAAAUCCAUAAGACUGUUGAUGAUUUACUUGAAAAUACUGAGAUUCGUUCAAAAAUGGAAGAAAUUUCAAAACAGUUGAAGACUUCAAAUAACCGAGAAGAGGUUGCAAGAUUGAUUGAAAACAUUGCCAGAACUAAAAAGUAUCCAAUUAAAUGA